AUGUCUACAUCAACCACCACUCCAGCAUCCAUCGGUCAAGCUCCAUGGCGUCCUCUAUUCCUUUCCCAUCUCUCCAAGAUGGAUUCCCCGGAAUUCGUUCUCUCAUCAUUACAACCAAGUAAUGAUAAGGAUUCUCCCACUCCUUAUCUUCCUCGAGCUCGUUACUGCAUCUACAGAGGAAUGUGGGCCGAGCUUCCAGAGAACAAACACAAUGAUGCUCCUAUGAAUGAUCGAGUUUAUGAGAGUGAUCUUCCAACCUUUACCACAGAUGUGCGCAUGGAAAAGGUUCCCCAAUUUUUUGCUAGUUCACAUGGUCAUGGAGAGGUAGAACAGAGUCAGGGUAGUGGUGGUGGUGGGCCUGUUGAAGCAGUUUUCUGGAUCAAAGAAGUCAUGACCCAAUGGAGAGUGAAGGGAGAGGCUUAUAUCGUAGGUCAAGAUAUUGAAGGGAGUGGUCAAGAAUCAAGUGGAACACGAACUGUAAAGACAAAGAUUGGAGAGAGAAUGAGAGUUGUGAAGGAAGAUGGAAAAGAAGGUUGGAGUUGGGGAAAAGAACUUACGGCACAUUUUGGCAAUAUCAGCCCGGGAAUGAGAGGUUCUUUCAGAAAUCCUAUACCUGGAACACCCGUUUCGCAGCCACCAAGCGAUCCAAAUUGGAAAUUGGGUCAAAAAGUCACUGAUUUGAAUGAUGAAGCUUCCAGGAAGAAUUUCAGGGUUGUGAUUAUCAAACCUGUGGAGAUUGAACAACUUGAUUUGAGUGAACCUGAUAAAGCAAGGAGAUGGAGAUUUACUUACGUCGGCCCCGAUGGAGAUGCCGGAAAGGAAGGGGAGAUUAUUGGGGAAUGGAAGAAGGAAGAGCUUUGGCCUUAA